AUGACUGCUGCGGAGACAGUGCAGUCGAAGUGCGACCAGUUGUGCUCCCGCGGAUGGAUUGUGACUCGCUACCUUGGCGAGCUUGCUGUGGGCGAGGUCUUCAAUGUAUGCAUCAAGGUGACGAAGAUGGACACCCAGCAUCAUGGCUGGGCUGAGGUGGUGAAACGUAUGGUGCCUGAGCAGGUCUAUAUGGUAUGUGGAGCCAAGAUGCUUAUGAAGGAUGGAGUGACAUACCUACGGGUACCUGGCUCUACCGAGACAACUGCCACGAUCCUCCUGCCGACCCGUGAGGACAAUGUGGUGGGGGUGGCCGCGAUGUUUUGCGGAGGCAUUUCAGGGUGGAGUCGUGCAGCCUUACAACUUCCGGCCUUCCCGGUGGUUCGGCUUGACCAUGAUGGAAUGGCCAUCUCUACGGUGUUGCUGAAUGAGCCGGCCGAGAUCCUCUUCAAAGAAGGUGUGGAUCAGGAGAGAUUUACUCUCUUUUGGGGCGAGGCUAUCGACCUUCGGUGGCUUCAAUCCUUUCAUGAUGCCAACGUGGAAGUGGUUUGUGCCUCCCCUCCAUGCUCCGCCUGGGGCAACCAUGGAUCCAAUGGCGGCUUCAAAGACAUUAUGGGUACAGCAUCGUGGUGGCAGAUGGUGAUGAUAGCCAGGCUGACCCAAAGACGGGCCUUCGUCGUGGAAGCCUCGGUGGCUUUCGCUGCACAUGAGGACGCCAGUACCUUUGAUGAUGUCAUGCGAUGGGCUGGCUAUGUGGUGGUGUGGAAAGGUACAUUGGUGGACGCAGAUAAGAUGGUGGCAGCGGAGAGAACCAGAUACUGUAUGGUUUACUGGAACUCGGCCGACUACCCCUCUGCAGGCCUGCCCUUCCAUAUGUUGAACAUCGGCGACAGGCCCAAGGUCCCCUUCGCAGAGGCUAUGUGGAAGAACAUGCCGCCGGAGGUGUGGCAAGCCACUCAGAUCAAACCAGAGCAAAUGGCUAAGAUUACAAGCAGGGAGCUAUUGCCUAUCCAUCAACGAAGACUUCCAGGAUCUGCCCUGCACCUCCGGGUUGUGAACCCUACGAAGCCACUGCCAGGAAUUCCUUCCGCCUACCACCGGGUCUUGGACAUGCCCUGGCCAACUUUGAUGAAAAGAGGAAUGUAUUUGCCACUGGUGGUGAAGCAGGGCAACCUUCGCCUGCUUAACAUGUGGGAAGUUCUCAAAGCCAUUGGGCUACAUGGGGAGAUGAUCCUGCCGGAGCCACAGGAUGAUGCGACCACCCUCUUGGCACAGGCCCUGCCGCCAGCACUGGCCCUACAGGUGCUGGGAGCGGUCUUGGCCCACCGCCACGAGGCCUUUGUCAGUGACGACCAACUGCUCAGAUACCUGGAAGCAGGAUUGCGAGAGUUCAAGAAAGGAUGGGUGGACUUUGAUCUCCUGGAGCAAUACGGUCGAAAUGGAUGGGCAACUCUGGUCAUGCAGGGAGCCGAAGCAGAACGAGGACCCAACGGCAGACUCAAUAGUCGCUUGCAAGGACUACAGCUGCAACUGGAUGCUAUGAUGAGGAGGAACAACAGCAGACACCCCCCCUACCUCCCGGAAAGCGUGCGCACGACCUACGAGGACAUGGAGCGCGAUGAGACCAGGGAGGCUACGGAGCAUCGACUUUUCCAGGUCAACCAUGGUUAUGCUGGAAUUUCCAUCAAUGAGGAUGACCCGGUCCAGACUAUCCGCCAGCAUGUGGCCGAGUAUAUGCAAGUGGAGGCGAAUUUUCUGGCAGUGGCCAAGGUGAAUAACAAGGUGGGAGGCAUGGACAGAUGGAUCAUUGCAGGUGAAAUGACAGCCAACCUCUUUGACCAUGCAUUGGUUUUGCUGGAUGCAGGGAUCCCACAAGCACAAUGGCUUCCCAGCGAGCUCCUCCUUGGCGACCUCACCUACUACUUUCAACAUGGUGCCAACCCGGAUGUGGUGGAACUGACGGGGACGUGGUUUUUUCCUGGCCGGUGUCCCUGGACACGGGGGACUACAUCAGACUCCGUUGGUUCGGCAACAGUGAGGAUGAAGCCUGGAAAGAACUGGAUGUCUUUGACCAGAUGGAAGCAGACGAGGAUGGCCCCCUGCCACCGGCCAGUCCUGGCCCUGAGGGGGCAGAGAGCAGUUCUGGAGAUGGACAUGACCCGGAAGCACCUCCUGGACCUCCUGCGGACUCUACUGGGGCAUCCACCGAGACGGCAGAUCCUCUCCCACCAACUCUGCCGGCGACUUCCUCUUCGGAUCCAGCACCUGACCCGACUGACCACGGCCGGGUCCGUGGCAUGCCCUUUUCCGAUGUCAUGGUGCCAGCCAAGCGACCAAGAACACUGGAGCAGACGGACCUGGAGGCGGUACUGCAAACAGCCAACCCCUGCAACUACCAACUAUGCCUCCAUCCAGCCACCGGUGGCCUCCCUGGCUAUCUACUUGACCUUUCAGGGCAGACUGAUGGCUGUGGGCCAAGACGACCCCAGGACCUUGGAGCAGAUCCUUUUGGACGAAUGGGGAGUACCUUUGAACACUACCUACUUCCUCCUCAAUGGUAAGGUGAUGGGUCCUGAGGCAACAUGUUCUUGCGUGCCUUUGGGUGCUACUGUGGUGGCCGGUGGUCGCUUGACAGGAGGGACAGGCAACUACGGGCAGAAGCUCAGAGCCCUCCUGGCCAACAAAGGGGUACCGGACGACCAGUUGGACGACCGCGUCAAAGAAAUCAAGAAGCACAUUGGCGACGCUGGAAUCAGAGACGCGUACAGUUCGUUCGACCCAUGGAUGCGGCUCAAAAGCAUAUGCCCCAUACGAAUGAUCCGAGAGAGUGAAAACAAGGCGAAGCCAAAGGCCAAGGACAUCCAGAAGGAGCCCCAGAACGACGAACUCCAAAGCAACGAUCCCUGGGCUUCUGCUCUGCGUGAACGUGGUUCCUGGAAGAUUGAUACAGCCUUCUUUGCAAAGGAGGAUGGCUCCACCCCUGCCUUCCUUGACAAGGUCUCCCACGGGUCCUCAGGCAUUGCACUGAUUACUGAGAGGGAAGCGGAGCUCCUCCUCCAGAACCAGGCCCAGAUGUCGGACAACGAAUUGGCAGUGGUUAUCAUUGGGGCAAGACUGCAGUCUAAUUCGCGCUUUACAGUCGUGGAUGUGGAAAUACCCUGCAAGUGCAAAGAUGAGGCCAGAAUACUGGUGAGAGCGCAGCUCAUCAAUCUCGGAGCCAAACGGAUCACCCUGGCGGGCGAGGACAAGAAGGUGACGGUCGGGGAGUUGGACUCGGCGGUCCUGACCUGCGAGCUUGUCAAAGCCGAGACUUUCCAACGGGAGGAGAUCUGUGAUGGCCACAUCAAGUACCUACGAAAACAGGCAGAGACAUGCUUCAUGAUGAUGAGAGUCAAGAGGGAAGCCAAAGACCUCCUCCUCCGGACCAUCACACCCGGAGUCUACUUCUCGCCCAAGACUGAGGAUGGACUACCUGACCCAGCCUACAAGGUUAUAUGGAUGCCAGACUCCCCACUGGAUGAUGUCGUGAUCAAGGCCAACUCGGAACCUACUGCAGUGGGCCUGGUCCGCAACAAAGGAGGGGUGGGAAUCCGGGUCAAGACCGAGGACUUCAUCAAAGCCAAGCAACGGUGGCAACCCUUGUGGAAGCCACUGCCUGACACACCCUACGACUUACAGAUCGCCAAGUACUUCGACCUCCAGAACAUGCCGGUAUCCUCUUCCAAGGCAGAGGUCCAGGCAUUUCUGAACAACGUCAAGUGGCCGGCCAUUGCCUUGCGACAAACAAAGCCAAGAUCUUGGAUUGUUGGGGAGGCCCCUGGAUUCAUGGCUGUUGACUCUGAGGCCUCUGCAGCGUUGGAAGAUCGCCUCCAGAAACGCAUGGACCAACUGCACCAAGAACAGGUUGCCACCACCAACAUGCUACGGGAAGACUUCAAGAACUUCCAGACCCAAGUCACGAUGCAGCAGCAGCGACAGGAGCAGGUCAACAACCAGCUGCAGGGCAGUGUAGCUGAGUUGGCGGGCUCUAUCACCUCCCAGUUGGGCCAGCACAUGUCACAGAUCACGGCUGCGCUGUCCAAUCAGCGCAACGACCUCAACUCGGAUAUCCGCACCUCCCAGCACAACCUCAACGAGGACUUGAUGUCAGAGGUACGACAGCAGAUGGCCUCGCUCCGAAAGCGGACUCCUAGUCCGCCAAAGGACGGCCCGGCCAAGCAACCCAAGCAGUGA